ACCACAUCCAUCGUCUCCCCUCUGUAGCCACAUGAAAUCUUGCCAUGGAAUUCCACAAUGUUUGUCUGGCAGGACUUAUUUUUGCAGAAGCCAUGUUGUGUGGUUCUAGGGUUUCCAGAGAUUUCCUUAUUAUUGGUUUUUCUGUUGUCUUUCCCAGAAUGGACGUUAGGCUAACUGGCCCGUAAUUCCCCUUGUCUCCUCUGCUACACUUGUUGAAGAUGGAGACCAUUGACGCUACCCUCCAGCACCGCUCUGUGUUGACAUUCCAAUCCCGCUUAUCAUCCCACCAAGCUUCUGUGCUCCCCACCAGAGAUGGCAUCGGACAUUCCUGGGUCGGUGACAUUGCCUGUCGCACCGAUGGCAACAGGUCAAGUGAGAAUGACAGGACCCAUGCCUGCCAGAGGUGGAAAGAGACGAUCAGGAAUGGACUUUGAUGAUGAAGAUGGUGAAGGGCCAAGUAAAUUUUCAAGGGAGAACCAUAGUGAGAUCGAGAGACGCAGGAGGAACAAGAUGACCCAGUACAUCACCGAGCUCUCUGACAUGGUGCCCACCUGCAGCGCCUUGGCGCGCAAACCUGACAAGCUGACCAUCCUGCGUAUGGCAGUGUCACACAUGAAGUCCAUGAGGGGCACUGGGAACAAAUCUACUGAUGGAGCGUAUAAGCCUUCUUUCCUAACCGAGCAGGAACUGAAGCACCUCAUCCUUGAAGCUGCGGACGGCUUUCUCUUUGUCGUGGCGGCCGAAACGGGCCGCGUGAUCUACGUGUCGGAUUCCGUCACUCCAGUUCUGAACCAGCCGCAGUCGGAGUGGUUCGGCAGCACUCUCUAUGAGCAGGUCCAUCCCGACGAUGUGGAGAAGCUGAGGGAGCAGCUUUGCACGUCAGAGAACUCAAUGACAGGGAGGAUUUUGGAUUUGAAGACAGGCACGGUAAAGAAGGAGGGCCAGCAGUCGUCAGUGAGAAUGUGCAUGGGGUCGAGGCGCUCGUUCAUCUGCAGAAUGAGGUGUGGAAAUGCCCCACUGGAUCACUUACCUCUCAACAGAAUAACUACCAUGAGAAAAAGGUACAGGAAUGGCCUUGGCCCAGUAAAAGAAGGAGAAGCCCAGUAUGCUGUGGUCCACUGCACUGGUUAUAUCAAGGCCUGGCCUCCAGCAGGAAUGACUAUACCGGAAGAAGAUGCCGAGGUGGGGCAAGGCAGCAAAUAUUGUCUGGUGGCAAUAGGGAGGCUUCAGGUAACAAGUUCUCCAGUGUGCAUGGACAUGAAUGGAAUGUCUGUCCCCACUGAAUUCUUGUCCAGACACAACUCAGAUGGAAUAAUCACAUUUGUCGAUCCGAGAUGCAUCAGUGUUAUUGGCUACCAGCCACAGGACCUUUUGGGAAAAGACAUCUUAGAAUUCUGCCAUCCAGAAGAUCAAAGCCAUUUGAGAGAGAGCUUCCAACAGGUGGUCAAACUGAAGGGCCAGGUGCUCUCUGUGAUGUAUCGCUUCCGCACCAAGAAUCGGGAAUGGAUGCUAAUCAGGACCAGCAGCUUCACUUUCCAGAAUCCAUAUUCAGAUGAGAUUGAAUAUAUCAUUUGCACCAACACAAAUGUCAAGCAACUUCAGCAGCAACAAGCUGAGCUUGAAGUACAUCAGAGGGAUGGCUUGUCAUCAUAUGACUUAUCUCAGGUACCUGUUCCAAGUAUUCAGUCAAAUGUUCAUGAGGGUGGGAAGCCAGUGGAAAAGCCAGAUGCCAUCUUCUCCCAAGAGAGGGAUCCAAGGUUUGCUGAGAUGUUUGCUGGCAUCACGACCUCUGAUAAAAAGAUGAUGCCUUCAGCAUCCACGACGGGAAACCAACAGAUCUACUCCCAAGGAAGCCCCUUCCAACCAGGACAUUCUGGGAAAUCUUUCAGCUCCUCUGUGGUCCAUGUUCCUGGAGUCAACGACAUCCAAUCCUCUUCGUCGACAGGCCAGAACCUGACGCAAAUCUCUCGGCAGCUAAAUCAGAGCCAAGUUGCCUGGACGGGAACUCGCCCUCCGUUUCCAGGGCAGCAAAUUCCUUCUCAGUCUGGCAAGGCUCAGUCUUCGCCCUUCGCUAUUGGAACCAGUCAUACUUACCCUGCUGACCCAGCGUCCUACAGCCCCUUGUCCAGCCCUGCCACGUCUUCUCCAAGUGGGAAUGCCUAUUCCAGCCUAGCUAACAGAACCCCGGGGUUUGCAGAGAGCAGCCAGAGCAGUGGGCAGUUCCAGGGGAGGCCUUCAGAGGUGUGGUCCCAGUGGCAAAGCCAGCACCAUAACCAGCAGAACAGCGAGCAGCACCCUCACCAGCAAACGAGCCAGACAGAAGUGUUCCAGGAUAUGCUACCCAUUCCGGGGGAUCCAACACAGGGAACUGGCAAUUACAACAUUGAAGAUUUUGCUGAUUUGGGCAUGUUCCCCCCAUUUUCUGAGUAAAUUUAUCUAGCUAGAUAACCUUGAAAAUAAUGUUUCUGGAAGGGGAAAAUACCAGUGUAGUUGGGCUUUGCUUUUUCUGUGUAACUUUAUCAUAGAAGCUAUUAUACACGAAGCCUCCAUUCACAUAUUUCUGAAAAUGACUUGCUCUCCGUCCAAAUGUUGACCAUGCAAGUUCUAAUGAAUUAAGGAACACCAACUGGCCGGUGUUCUUGUAGGCACUCAUUUUUGUAUUACAUUCCCAUUUUGCUGUAGAGGUCGUGGGGCGGGAGGGAAGGAGGCACUUUGACUGUGAACUUGCUCUGAGCAUUUAACGUUUGAAUGUGAACCAUUUCUAACUUUCCCUUAUAAAGUUGUUUGUGUAAAUAGGUGAUGAAAACUAACAGGCACUCCAGUCCUUUGCCUACUACUUGAAAAAUAAAAUCCUCUCGAUUUCAGUGGGACUUAGCCGAGGGUGGCUUAGGAAGUAAUCCUAUGCAUAUGUGGGCAGAAAGAAGUCCAGCAACUCCCAGCAUUCGCCAGCCAGCACGGGGACUUCAUUCCUGUCUGAACAUGCAUAGGAUGGCACCUUUAGUGGGUUAAGUCUGGCGGCCUGUUGCAUCUCCAGCCUAAGGAAUUUUAGUUAGCAAGGCUGGGAAACAGAUCGCUGGCCUAGGAGAGAUGCUGUCAGUCAGAGAGGACUAGUCUGAUCUCAACGGAUUGAGGAAGGUUUAUUGCAUUCAUGUAUAUCAGGGGUGUUGAAUUUCUGCCUCCCUGGAGUUCCAGUUUGGCCUCCAAGGAUUCCUAGAACACCAGCCUCCUUCACCUGGUCACACCUCUACUUCCUCCAUCCAUACCCUGUUUCCACCAGUAGUUUGGUGGUGCCUGAUUUUUGUGCAAUUUUCCCUCCAUUCUAAAAGGUUAAAACCGCCUCUCUUAAUUACUGGCAGGAAGAACUUUAGAAAUGCUGAAUUUUAGGGUGCUCACUCCCUUUGCCUUUGGCCCCCUGGAAUGCACCCCCAAGAGGUUCUCCAUAAGUAAAUUCAGCCUCCAGUCUGAAAGAGAUUCAGCACCUCUGAUACCUGCUUUCAUUUCAGCAUGAUGCUCUGGGUGUGUGAAGCAAGUAGAUUUCAGCUUGGCCCAUGAACUGCUUCAGAUGGGAGGCUCCCUGGGACUGUGAACCUGUCUAGUUUCUGUAUGCUGAAUCUUGUGAGAGCCAAGCCAAGGAGCAGCGAGUGUCCGUCCCAGAUUACAGAAACGAUGCCCUGCUCCAUCCUGGAUUGGAUCAUCCCUGCUAGGUGGCAGCACAUGCAAGGGGAUGCAGCUUGGCAGCAGCUGAAGCAGGGCAGGGUCAGAACUACAUGCAUCUCUGACUCACGGGCUGCAGGCUCCAGUUCAGCAUCAUGGGGAGCCAUCUUGCAGCCAGGUAAGACCAGUUACUCCUGCACUGGCUGAGGAGGCAGGCCAGGAGAGUCCUCUGGGGAGCUCCACCUCUGCACAUCUGACUUGUUUUCUUAAAGGCCUGGAGUCCUUUGCUGCCCUUGCAGGCUUCUUCUAGGUAGUGAGGAUCUGGGCGGUGAAGCGCUAGUUGGGAGAUGCUCUCCAGAGCACCUCUGCUCCCCAGAACAGGUGAGAUCUGCUGCUUGUAGGCAGAAAGCCAGGGUGCCUGGUGGAGAUCAGGGGGAUGGGGGCAGGAUCCAAGGUGGGUGGCCCCACUUGUGAGGGUGUAGGAACUGGGCCAGACUCUUCCUGCCAGUCGGGGCACUUGGAAACCUCUCAGUUGUGGGGUUGGUCCUGGGCCUUGGCAGGCUUCAUCCUAGAACGGCAUGGUCAGCUUCGGACUUUUGGGAAAUACCUCUGUUCUCCAGUGGCAUUUUGCCACAAGACCUGAUCCUGUCAUGAUUGUCUAGGUUUCAAGCUAUGGACAACCAUUUCUGAGAGCUAACUUAACUCUUUGCAGUGCCACUUGGAAGGCCAGGUAAAAUUUCACUGCACUCCGGGCCAUGAGCAACGGGCUGGCUCUCUCAGGGCUUAGCAGCUCUCACUCUUUUGACCCUUGAGCAUGAGGCAUUGUGGAGGAGUGUGGAAGAGGUGUGACCGGUCACUCCUGGAGCUGACAUUCUUGCUGGUGCUGACAGAAGCAGAUGGCACAUUGCUCCAGAGGCCCACCAGGUCACUGUGCUGUGACAGGUCCACAAAGACUGGCUCAUGUAGCGAAUUCCACUCAGUCGAGCCAUUCUUCGCUGAAAUGAUGGUGAGAAUCCGCACUUCAAUGGGAUGCACUUCUGGGAAAAGACAUUGUAGGUUGGGAGGGCUUGAUCUUUAGGGAAAGGUUCUCCAUGUGGCCAGUAUUCUUUGAGAACGGGCAAGAGACCGCAUAGCUCACCUGCUUCCCAUGGAGAAGGAGCCUGUAGGUGCCUGCUGGGGGCCUGAAAUCUUGAGAGGUUCCACCCUUGCUCACUGCUCCCCUUUCCAUGCCUCAUUAUCCAGCUUCAAAAUGUACUUUUUGUGGUCAUUUUAGGCCAGUUUGAAUGUAAAGUAUGUAACUAUGACUUAGUCCUUUCUGAUACAAAAAAGGCUCUAAGGCCUUCAAGUCUCAUUUUAACUCAGCUAAACUUGAAUGUGUGUACACUUUAGUACUGUCUGUAUAUCUGGUGUUGUAUGAAGUGAAUUCCUGGGUGUGAGUGUGGAUGUGUGCACAAGAGCAUGUGCUUGGUUUUUCUUUUGCCAUGUAGAAAUGAAGUCCACAAGAAGGGAAGGUGUACCUGGGAAAGAAAGCAAUAUUGCAGAGAGCUUACGAACCCAAGCCGACGGGACAGUUCACACUUUUUACCUGCAUGCAAACAUCAUUCCACAAGACCAGUGAGCCAUGGGCAUUAUCUGUGAGCAGUUCCGACACUUAGAUCUGGGCCAUGGGCUCGUCCAUUCCCUUUCUGAGGGGAAAGAAUAGCUCCAGCUGAGCUACAGUGUGCAUCCCCCUGUGCUCACUGCUCACAUCAUGCUUGUCCCUCGCAUGCUUAGCAACCCUGAACCAGCCUGAUGCCUUGCUCCAGUCCACACAUUUCAGGGCUUCACCACAGGACCUCUACUGCGGGCUGAUAGCAUGAGUAACAAAAGAUUACUUGUUUAGCAGCCUUCCCCAACAUGAUGCCUCGCACGAUGGGAGUUGGAGUCCGAAGCAUUUGCCUGAAUGUCACCCUGUGUAGAAAUGUCUAUGCAUAUAACAAACAUUGGAAUGCUGGGCAGAACAGAGAAACAGCGAGUCAGAAGGGGUCUCCCGGGCCAUCUAGUCUGACCUCCGGCUCUAGCCGGCUCUGUUCAUGGCAUGCCUACCAUGUGCCUGUCCAGCCUUUCUUUAAACAACCUCACCGAUGGGGCUUCAACCACCUCCCAUUCUUAGCCUUGCUUUCCUUCUGCCGUGCUUCUUGUUUUAGUCCUUGGGCUUCAUCCACCAAUGCACCUUGAUCCAUGCUGUCAAAGAUGAUGUACUGUUUUUCAAAGACAAUACUAAAAUACGGAUGCAGAAUACAAGUGCUUGUCCUCGUCGCUGCAAAGUUGCAUCUUGUUUCCGCAUGGCAGAGUAGAGGAGGACAAAAGAAUAUCCUUGCUAGAUCAGACCAAACGUCCAUACAGUUCAGAAUCCUUUUUCUAGCUGUAACCAGCCAGAUGCUUCUGGGCAGCCUACAGGCAAGGCAAAGACACCCCUAGCCUCUAGUAUUUAGAAAUAGAAUAUCCCUGAGCAUGGAGGUUUACUUAGCUAUCAUUGUUGAUGGUCAACUGGUAGAUCUGUCCUCCAUUAAUCUGCCAGAUCCCUUUUCAAAGCCAGCUAAACUGUAGCAAACAUCUCCACAUCUUGUAGUUGUGAUUCUGUCUGUUAAUAGAACAUUAACAAUAACACUUCUGCGCAAAGCAGCUUCAGACUCUGUAUUAUCUUGGAGGUGACUCAUGUCCAUAACAUUGCUUAGUAAAGUAAAAAGGGGGAGAAUGUUUUGUUUAAAUAAUUUCAGCAGCAACAAAAAUCUACAUACAACUUUGCCAUAACAGCUGCAGACUGUUGGCUUCCAGAAAGAGGCAAGUUCUAAUUCGAUGCUAGCUUAUCUCAGUGCCUCCCGUCAUGCACAAAGUUAAGAUGCUGCUACUGUUGAAGUGACUCAGGGGAAGGCUUGCAUAUUACUCCUGUCACGGGACUGCCACCAAAAACAGCAUCCCUGAUUAGCUUCUCUUCCAUUUCCCUGUAAUUCGAUGCAUAUAACAAAACUUAUAUGCAUGCCAAUAUAGUGACUCCCCUACUUACGUGCUUCCCCAUUCCAGCCAACUUUAACCAAUGACAAAUAAACAAAUAGUCCAUAUGGCAAUAUAACCAGGGAGAAGUGAUCCUUUGCUUUACAGAUGAGAAGAUGCAAACUUGGCUCAAGGGAGCCACUUUCAGCAGUCGCCCCAGGUUCAUCAUAGCUUGUAUGUAUGUACCUUGGUACCAUGUACCAUUUCACUCCCCAUGUCCGUAUUUGCAUUGGUUGUCUUUCUUUGCUUGAAAAUACAGCAUGGAAUUAGGGAAGCAUUUCACCAAUCAACCUUUUUAAAGCUCCUAAUUAAUUUCUAGUAUAAGAUUAAUAGCAGCGUUGGAUUUAUUAUUUACUACAGCCGGUGGUUUUACAUACAUCAUUUUUCCUCUGCAGAAGUUGGACAGCCACAUAAUUAUCCAUGCCAUACUGCCUGAGCCUGAUUUUGCUGGCUUGGAAAAUACUCAAUGAGUCAAUUUUUAGAGCUGGUAAGUUUGUUUUCGAGGCUGUCUUUGGAUUAAAAAGAAAAGCACCAGAGUGGGGUUUUAGCUGUUCAGGCUGUAGGGAUAGAGGAAGGUGUUGCUAGAUAUGGAUAGGCUAGGGGUGAAAUAGGGGUGCUUUGCUAAGAUUAUGGGAACAGAUGUAUCUUAAAUAGUCAGACUGAUUUGCUGGGUGGACACAAGCCAGUUGGCUUAUAGUGACUCCAGGUGGGAUCCAGCCAAACUUAAGCACUUUUAAUACUGUUAAUCCCAGUCUAAGCAAACCCAGAGCAUUUUGAAUUCCCCUUGAUUUCAACAGGGAGAGAGUUAAGUGAAUGUUUUAGGUGCCUUAAGAUGUGAAAGCCCACCUUUAGGAGAAUCCCACCUCUAGCCACUUUCAAUAUGGCCUUCAAGCUUUUGGCAGGCUUUUAGGGGAUAGGGGUAGCUUCUCUGAUUAUUAAAUCUUGUUUUAUGCUGCAUAGAAAAUAUUGUAUGCCUCUUUGAAUGUUGGAAAUGAGCCGGAACUGUUUUAAAUAAAAACAUUUGCUGGUACCCAGUAAAUGUGAGAUUCUGGUUGGCUCUUCCGUGACCUGCCUCAGUCCUCCUUAGCUGGCUACACCUACCAUCUACCCCCGUUCUCUCUUGGCUCUGAAUCUGGCCAGUAGAUCCUGUCCUGCCCCCACCUCUGAUCUGCCAGAUUCCUUCAGAUGCCUCCAUUCUCUGCCAGGCUUUACGCUGGCUAUGCCCCCCACCCUUCCUAAGUGGGGGCCAAGGGGGCAAGAUUUUGGAAAUCCAAAUGUUAGCAACCUUCUCCCCCACAGAAAUCAGCCAUCUUAGCUCUGGCAGGAUGCUUUCUAUCAAUUAAGUUUCUCCCACUGAAACCUGACAGUGCUUGGCAUUGGUUCUGUAUUGCACACUCUUACUGUAACCCCCACCUGAGAAAUAAGUACAAAUGUUUGGGGGGUUUUAAUGACUUUUCUUAUUGUUUGUGCCCACAUCUGUUGGAGCUCCUUCAUGUCCAUGUGGAACUGUGUUGUGGAGAAAAAUGUAUUUUGUAUUUCUCAGUGUUCUCUCUAGCAAAACCAGUUUUGUGUGUCUGUAUAAUUAAUAACAUGCCUUUUAAAAUUUCAUUAAAAUAAUAAUGCAUCA